UGCUCACUAGUUACCAGCAGCGGGAACGUCGUUACACACGCCCGUUUCUUUUUUUAGUCGUCCCGCCGUCCUCACGUUUCACGAUUAGUCGCCGACGCACCGCCGCCGCAACAGUACGUGUACGUCCGCGCAGCCGUCCCGACAAAAUUAAUCGUAAUAAAUAUCCGUCGUCCGGCCUUAUAGAUCGCCGAAGACGUUCGCGCGCACAGCAACGAUUUGAUUUCGCCGUUAUCAUUUUCAAAGCCGGUCGCGACAACGAUCGCCUUUAAUUUCCUGAACGUCGAAAAGACCGGAAAAAUUAUCAAUGAUCCGUCUACACUGCCACCGCCGUCGCCGUACAACCGUCAUCGUGCCCAUCAAGUACAGUUAACACCGGCUGCAACUGCACUCUACCACGCAAUACGUUCGGCGUGCAUCAUCGCCACAACCACCGUCGCCUUCGUCAUUCCGCGCACAAUCCACAGGGCAGACCGGUCGCUCUACAAACAUGUUGGAACGGUGAUGGUACUGAUGGUGGUGACGGUGGUCGUGUUGGGUACUGUCGGGCUGCUCACUUGCGUGCUGCAUCACUACAAUCAACAAUACAACGCGUCCGUGCCCUGUCUGUCGGCAGCGCCCGGGCCGCCGCACCGCAGGCUUACCGCGCCGCCGCCACCGCUGACCAAGAAGAAAAAACCGACGACGACGACGACGACGGCAACGACGACGGCUAUCAUCGCAUCGCCACCACCGCUCUCGACUACGAACGGUGCACGUCGUAGCGGCGGCAGCAGCUGUUGUAACAGUAGUAGCAGCACGUCCUCGCGAACCGCCAUGUUGACGAUGCGAAGCAAUAACGGGCUGUCCCGAGAACACGACCGGCAGGUCCGGUUGCACUCGGUCCGGACGGACCUGGAGUUGGACAUGCCGCCGCGAAUCCAUUUGCCGGACGGCGAGGAGUACCCGUACGGCAGCAUGGCCAAGUUGCAUUUGCGGAAUUCCGAACAAGAACGAGAGAUCUACCAGAAGUGCAUCAGAGGACCGCCCAAUCGGACGAUAUGGACGUCAACCGCGGAGUGUGGGAAAAUGUCACAGCCUCACAGGUCCAGUUCUGCGUCCGGCUUCACGUCCCUUUCCACAUCCUCAUCCGAAGUGGACUCGGUUACGAGAUGUAAUAGCGUCUCCUCGAGGUAUGUGUAUUUGCCGAGAACAGAGUUCCCACAAGUGGACAACAUCCAAAGUCUGUCAAGUCUGACCAUGGUACCAUGUUUGAGCCACGUAGACAAACAGACUUUAAGCCAAUAGUUUAAUAAUAAAGACGUCUCUCACCGUUUACUAUUAUAAUAAUAUUAUAUCUGUGUAAUAAUAUAUACCUACGAGGUGCUACACAUUGCAGAGACCGCUGAAAAUACGAUAUUAUGUUAUAUAUUUAUAUAUAUUCUCGUAUGUGUGUAUUUUAUGAUAUACAUUCACACAUACAUACA